AUAGUAAUAAGGUACUCGCCACGGAUGCGAUAAACUGACUUCCUUUUUAUAUGCUGAUAAGAUUGAUUGUGUUAUUAAUAAUAAUUUGUCGGUUUUACAUCGGUGAAAUAAUUGAUUUAUAUCAGAACUUUUCAACCUUCAUUGUUUAAAGAUGGCAAGCAUGAGCGGAACUAACGACGCAGCUGAUCAGAAUUUUGAUUAUAUGUUUAAAUUGCUAAUUAUUGGCAAUUCUAGCGUUGGAAAGACGUCAUUUCUAUUUAGAUAUGCUGAUGAUAAAUUUACACAAGCAUUUGUCUCAACUGUUGGAAUUGACUUUAAAGUUAAAACGAUAUUUAGGCAAGAUAAAAGAGUAAAAUUGCAGAUAUGGGAUACUGCUGGACAAGAAAGAUAUAGAACAAUUACAACAGCAUAUUAUAGAGGUGCUAUGGGCUUUCUCUUAAUGUAUGACGUCACAAACGAGGAAAGUUUCAAUGCUGUCCAAGACUGGAUUACACAAGUAGAAACUCAUGCUCUGGCUAACAAGUCAAUAAUUUUAGUGGGGAAUAAAAAUGACCUUAAUCUUGAAAGGCGUGUUCUAAGGAGGGAUGGUGAAAGAUUGGCGGCUGAAUUAGGAAUAGAAUUUUUUGAAACAUCGGCGAAAGAAAAUCACAAUGUUAAGCUAGUUUUUGAAAGGCUUGUUGAUAUCAUUUGCGACAAGAUGAAUGAAAGUUUGGAUUCCGAUCCUGUAAUUAUGAGUCAAAAAGGAACUCAUCUUUCAAAUGACACAGCAUCAGGACCAGCCAACAGUAAUUGCCAGUGCUGAGGGAGAAGAUAAAAAUUAAUUUUUUUCUCUUAAAGAUAUCUUUAAUUGUCCUUAAUUUAUAAUAUAUAUAUAUUUCAAAUUAUUAUUAAGAAUGUUGUGAUGUAAUUUUUAUCGGUAGCUUCUUAAAAAUCUACUGCUGUUUCUAACAUUCCAUAUUAAGUGGACAUAAAUGUUACAUAUACUCUAUAUAUGUAACACUAUAGAUUUAUGUGUUCACAGUAUACAAUUGUUGUAUACUUUACAAUUUUACGUUUGUGCUCGUUCUUUAAAAAUAUAAUUAUUUAAUAUGUUAAUUAGCCAGUCUGCUCUUUGCUGAAUUCUAGUCUUGAACGUAUUACAAACAUAUAUCCAUCUUUUAUUAUAAUUGUUUACGAUUGAAAUAACAUAUAUUAAUAUUUAUAAUCUUUAACCUGCACGAUGUUUCUGUCACAGUUCAACUGUGAUUGUCAGUGUUUGAUUGAUUGUUUUUAAAUGUCCAAUGAUUGUUAUUAUGCAAAAAGAGAAAAACAGUAAAAACGUAAUUUUUCCGUCUAAUUUCAAUUAAUAAACUAUUCUAACACCUGCAUAAAUUGC